AGCAUCGUUAACUGGUAAUAAAUGCAUUAUACAGUAUGUACUAAUCUUAACAAAACAACAACACAAGGUUUAACAACUAUAUAGACCGCGGGGAAUUCUCUCAGAGAGAUAAACGCACAUGAGAAAGAGGCGGUGUCGGAGCAGUUGCUCAAUAAAAGAAGGAGGAUGGGACGCUACAGCUGUUUUCCACACUGAGAGAAGCUGCAGGUGCUCAAAGAUGAAUUGGCUUGGAGCUGUACUCGCUGUGUGCGUCCUGGUGCCCAGCGCCCGCUGUGCCACAAGCACAAUAGAUUGGUGUUAUCAUAAACCAAGCUGCAAUGAUACCACCUGGCCAACCAUUGUUGGCCAGUACUGCAAUGGCAGCCGACAGUCGCCCAUUAACAUCGUCUCAGCAUCUGCCCAAAUUGACACCAAUCUGACUGCAUUCACGAUGGUUAACUACGACACCCACUCCUUGAAUACCAUCACAAACACUGGCAAGACAGUCAAAGUCUCCCUCAACAGUGGUGUCAGCAUUAAAGGAGGAGGACUUUCCGAGAAAUAUGACAGCCUGCAGUUCCACUUGCACUGGGGUAAUGGUUCCUCUGUCCCUGGCUCCGAACACACUGUGAAUGGCAAGCGCUAUCCCAUGGAGCUUCACAUCGUACACGUCAAGUCAAUCUAUGGUGGGAACACAGGUCAAGCUGUUGGAGAUAGUACCGGACUUGCUGCUCUUGGUUUCCUCAUUGAGGAAAUGCCAGGUAAUGCCACUGGCCAACCUGCCGCCUGGAACAUCUUGAGCUCCUACCUUUCCAAAAUCCGAAACAGUGGCAGCUCCGUUCCAGUGACAGCUAACAUAUCCAUGAAUGAUCUCAUACCUGGGGUGAAUACCACCAAGUAUUACCGCUACCGUGGCUCCUUGACCACCCCCAGUUGCAAUGAGGCUGUUGUUUGGACUGUGUUCAAGGACACGGUCAAAGUCAGCAAAGAUGUGAUUGACAAGUUCAGCCAAAUAGUCUACGUCACCAACAGCACAUCGCCACUUAUUGUGAAUAACUACAGAAACAUCCAGCCAGCGCUAUCGGUCACAACCAGCUCCACAGCCAAAACCUGCUAUUCCCUCGGGCUGAUGGCUUUGACCAUUCUUCUGGGAAGGUUCUAGAGCGCCAUUAAAGCUGAGAUGUCUCAGUAAUGUGUUUCCGGUAAACUGGUUUCUAUCAAGGAUACACCCUCUUCACCAUAAUUUGAGCUCAUGAUUGUCUCUAAAGUGGUAACGCCACAGUCAGGUACCUGAAAAAGGGCUGUAUUUGCACAUAGUUAACAGGGUCGAUGUUGUAAUGCUUGUUUCGGAAUCCAGCAAUGUAGUCUUUGUAUUUAGUCACGUUAAAAUCUGCCAACAUGUAUCGUCCAGAUAGCUAAAACUGAAGUCUGUCAUAUCUUGGCGAAUAAGAUUUAUUUUUGAAGUUGUUUUCUCCCUUAAUGCUCCUUUCAUACUGGAUACUUAUUUGCCUUAAUAUUGUCUUUAUUAGUGCGAAGGAAAUGUCGGCACGCUGCAAAACGUAUCACAAAAAUGAAGCUUCUGUUAUUAGGUGUAAUGAAGGAUUGACAUGAUCAAUUGAAUGAGCACUAUUAUUGAUCACUAUAAUAUGCAUCACACAGUUGCUCUACUUUGCACAUGUGGAGCUGUGACCCCUUGAGUGUUUCUAAAUUAAAAGGAUUAAGUGUCA